UCAUUUCUUUAGAAUAAUGUUUACAAUACAAAGUAUAAACAAAUGAAAUUAACCAAACAUUGCAGUAAUUUCACUACUUACUUUUAAUUGAAACUUAAUAAAUAUGAGCAAAGUAUUAUUUUCUGAAAAUUUAACUACAAAUAACAUUUGCAGGAUAUGUUUGCUAAGUGUCGAAGAUGGUACAGAUCUGUUUUCUGAAGAUGGAACCUCAAAAAACAUUUUGGAAAAAAUACAUUUAUGUUUUCAAAUAAUUCUCAACUAUGAAGAGUAUUUACCUAAUUACAUUUGUAAUAAUUGCUGUAAGGAAUUAGAGUGUGCAAAUAAUUUCCGUGUGAAAUGCAUAACAUUUGAAGAACGUUUCAUUGUGUACAAUAACGAAACAGUGGAGGACCAAGAUGAUAGUGAUAUAAAACAGACAGAGGACGACCCUGAAUUAAGAUCGAAUUUAAUGCCAGUAGAAAAUGAUUCUGAAGUUCAUCUAGCUUACAAUGCAAAUGAAACCUAUAAAAGUCAAUAUAAUGAUGGUUACAAAUGUGAUACAUGUAAUAAAAUUCUAAAAACAAAGGUAUCACUGUUGAAACACAUUGUUUCUAUGCAUCAGAUGAAAAAACAUGUUGGUAGAAUUACAGGAAGCGGUAUUAACAGAAGGUAUCACUGUACAAAAUGUGUGUACUCUACACCUCACAGCCAGACUUUAGUGAAUCAUAUGAGAAGACAUAAUGGUGAGAGACCAUAUCAUUGUAAAUGUGGAAAGAGCUUCACACAGUCAGCUUCUUUGACAGCUCAUCAAAAAACUCACAGCAAUAUGAUGUACUUCACAUGCGCCAUUUGUGGCAAACAAUUUCGACAUGCUUACUCAUUAAAGACCCAUUUGCGUGUCCAUGAGACUGGUUCAUUCAAAUGUAGCAUAUGCCAAAAAGCUUUAAAAACCCAGAAAUCACUACAAGGGCAUAUGAAUAGACAUUAUAAUAUAAGAAAUUACAACUGUGAAGAUUGUGGAGCAACUUUUAUAACUUGCCCAGAACUAUUGAACCACAGAAAGAAGCACAGUGUGGAAAAGACUGCUGAAUGCCAUUUGUGCGGAUAUAAAACCAAUGCAAAGAAAAACUUAGUUAUACAUCUCAAAAGACAUGCUGGUGACAAAGCAUACAAAUGUGAGGUGUGUAACAAGACAGCGUACACCCAGAGUGACUUGCGACGUCACCAGCGAGUGCACUCGCGAGAGAAGCCUUACCCGUGUCCUGCCUGCUCACAGCACUUCUCACACUCAAGCACACUCAACCAACAUGCAAGAAAUGUGCAUGGUCUAACUUACAGAUGGGGAGAAUAUAAAACAGAGAGUGGAAUGUCUAGUGUGAAGCAAGAGAAACAUGAACAAUAAAUAUUCAUUGCCAUAUAACUGAGUUUCCAGUGGGUAUAAAACAAUAAAAAACAAAAAUUGAAAAUUCACAUUUUAAUCUGAAAUACAAUGUCAAGAGCUACAUUACAUAUAUAAGUAUUUGUAAUAUUGAGAAACAACACUGC